CUCAAGUUAUUAUCAGGUUUGCAUGCCUCUUCUCUCACUCAAGAAGGGGUUGAGGCAAAGGAUUUUAACCCAGUGUUUGGAGCAGUAGCCACUGCUCUCCCAUCAGUUUUGGGCCAGGUAUCUGUCUUAUUCAGCAGCUACAAUGGUUGAGGCAUUCUGUGCUACUUGGAAGCUGAUUGACAGCCAGAACUUUGAUGAAUACAUGAAGGCGCUGGGAGUUGGCUAUGCUACUCGCCAGGUGGGAAACGUUACCAAACCAACAGUGAUCAUCAGCCAGGAGGGAGACAAAGUGGUGAUCAGGACCCAGAGCACCUUCAAGAACACUGAAAUCAGUUUCAAACUGGGAGAAGAAUUUGAUGAAACUACAGCAGAUGACAGAAACUGCAAAUCUGUGGUGACCAUGGAUGGAGACAAAUUAGUUCACGUGCAGAAAUGGGAUGGCAAAGAAACAAACUUUGUUAGAGAAAUUAAAGAUGGCAAAAUGGUCAUGACCCUCACUUUUGGUGAUAUUGUUUCUGUUCGCCAGUAUGAAAAAGCAUAGAAAUUGUCGAUCUCUUGAGAUUUUUUUAUACUUCUGGAUGAAAUGAAGAACUGUCUUCAGUUGACUACAUAUGAAAUGAAUGUUGCUGACAUGAAAAGAAAACCAAGUGCUAAUUUGUGUUUUGACUUUUGACUGAUGCUACCAAAUUUGCAAAUUCUUGCUCUGUAAAUUGUUGCAAGUAAAACUUUUCAAUAAAUACCUGAAAUUCG